GAACUCCAGACAAAGACAAUAUCAGUCUUUUUCUUUCUCCGAAGUCGGUCAUCUUCUCACUCUAGACACCCCAUUAAUGGAGGGAACUCAACUUUACAAACUCCAAACAGAAACAAAACGCUAUACUGUAUAGUCUUAAAACUUCUGGCGCCAUUCUUUCGCCUACCAAUCUUUCAAAGCAUCUCUCGUUUUAUCCCCUUUUUCUUAUUACAAUAAUUUAUAGCACUUAAAAUCAUAAAUUUACAGUAGAUCUCUACCACAUCUGUUUAAGAAAAAAAGAUAGCAAUGGAAGAUAAGGAGAGCACUGAGUCGGGUUCACCAGGCGGGAAAUCAGAGUCUGAGUCACCACCAAUCACUAGUGGUGGUGACACUGUUGGUGUUGCUGCUACUGGCGGCGACACUGUUAGUUGCGGUGGUGGGGUUGCGCUGCAGGCGAUGAACGUGAGCAUUGAAAGAAGUGUAGGGGUUAUAAACGCACCAGCAAUCACAGUGGGUGGAAUUUUGGGCGUCAGCGGCGGAAGUGGAAGUGGAGGUGGAGGUGGGAAGAAGAGAGGGAGGCCAAGAAAGUAUGACUCAGAUGGGAACCUAAGAGUUCCACUUGUAGGAUCUCCACCAGGUGGAGUUAUUCUGCCGCCGGCUCCGUCGGUCGGCUUUACUUUAUCUCCUAAUCCGGCAUCCAAGUACUCAUCUGGCUCCAAGAAAGGGCGUGGUAGGCCUACCGGUUCUGGCAACUGGCAAAUUCUUGCUUCUUUGGGUGAAUUGUUCACGACCACAGCAGGAGGGGACUUUACGCCGCACAUGAUAACUGUAUAUACCGGAGAGGACGUUGCAGGGAAGAUCAUUACAUUUGCUCAGAAAGGUCCUCGAGGGAUUUGCGUUCUUUCUGCUAAUGGUUCUGUCUCCAAUGUUACGAUUCGCCAACCUGGUUCUUCUGGGGGUAUCUUGACAUACGAGGGGCGCUUUGAGAUUUUAACCUUAACAGGAUCAUUCACAUCUUCUGAAAAUGGCGGGAUAAAAAGUAGGACAGGCGGACUAAGUGUUUCUUUGGCUGGACCUGAUGGUCGUGUUAUUGGUGGUGGGAUUGCGGGUAUGCUAAUGGCUGCUAGUCCAAUCCAGGUUGUUUUUGGAAGCUUCAUGCCAAAUUGUUACAAAACUCCCAAAAGAAAGCAUAAUCUUGAACCCAGAGUGGCUCCUCUGGUCCUGAGUCCUCCAGCUCCAAUGACAGUGGCAACACCAAUAUCUCAAGCGGCACCAGAAAUCAACAUCUCUCCAGUUCCACCAUCUCAAUUUCCAGUUCCGAAUCAGCAAGAAACAGAUAAUGACACAACCAAAAAAGGGUACCCGUAUUCUACAUCUAAAGUUACUGCCGACUGGAAUGGCACAGAGCCAAUUUCUAAUCAGAGACCAUCUCCGGACAUUAACAUCUCAGUAUCUGUUGAGUAGCAAUGUAACAAGUCUAUAACUAAGUAGAUUUAUGAUACCAUAGUUUUAGCUUUAGGCAUAUGCAAGUGACUCAAAGAGGCUAACAUGGUUAGUCGUAAGAUGCAUAACUUAUCUUUGUUCUUCUUCUUGUGAACAUUUAGUCUAGAGUCCCUGUGAAUUUUCAAAUGAGGGUGUCUAGAAACUGGUUCUGUUGAUUGUAUGGAUGCAUGUUCUUUUGAAUGAUAAUUUUAUUUUAUCUUUAUAAA